GGUCCACCAGCAUCGGCCCCCCGAGGGGACCUGAUGUUCCUGCUGGACAGCUCGGCCAGCGUGUCUCACUACGAGUUCUCCCGGGUUCGGGAGUUUGUGGGGCAGCUGGUGGCUCCACUGCCCCUGGGCACUGGGGCCCUGCGUGCCAGCCUGGUGCACGUGGGCACUCGGCCGUACACUGAGUUCCCCUUCGGCCAACACAGCUCAGGCGAGGCUGCUCAGGAUGCUGUUCGCGCUUCGGUCCAGCGCAUGGGUGACACUCACACUGGCCUGGCGCUGGCAUAUGCCAAGGAACAGCUCUUUGCUGAAGCAGCAGGUGCCCGGCCAGGAGUGCCCAAGGUGCUGGUGUGGGUGACAGAUGGCGGCUCCAGCGACCCUGUGGGACCCCCCAUGCAGGAGCUAAAAGACUUGGGCGUCACCGUGUUCAUCGUCAGCACCGGCCGAGGCAACUUUCUGGAGCUGUCAGCUGCUGCCUCAGCCCCUGCCAAGAAGCACCUGCACUUUGUGGACGUGGAUGACCUGCACAUCAUCGUCCAAGAGCUGAGGGGCUCCAUCCUCGAGCAGCGGCCAGGGCCUCCGGGGCUGUGGUACCCCUAG